AUGGGCUGUGGCUCUUCACGCCUCAAAGGGGACGAUAUCCCUGACCUCAACAGCCAACCGGUCAACACCACAACGUCAAAUUCAUCGGUCCAACCGAUGAAAAAGGUGAGGACCAAUUUUUCAGACGUCGACUACGAGCAAGACGGCCACGCGCGGCGCUUGACGGAAUAUGCACCACACGAAAAGCCCCCUCCAGUCCGAGAAGAGUCGCGUGACUUGUCGGCAGAAAAGCAAGCCGGCGGCUACGAAACCGAACAACGGCAGCAGCAGUUUCUGAACAAUGAUCUGGCGCCCGAUCGACCGGACUUGAACCCGGGUUCAUCAGCAGGAUUUCCUCACGAGAACGCCGGAGCUGGCUCGACCGCCGCGCAAGCCGCCCCCGACACGGCAUUGAAACCAUAUCAGACCCUCGACGGGGACGGCUGGGACAACGACACCUCCAACUCCAACCCGCAGCAGCGGUCGGCGAAUAUGGACCUCCGCGAUAACCAGGACUCGAACGAUCCGACAUCCCGCGACGCCAAAGACGCAUUCGCCAGGGCAAACGACCCUGCUGAUCCUCUGAAUCAAGAUCACCGCACCCGCCUAGACUUGAACACCCAACACCAGCAGGACGUCCACGAACCCCCCAAGUCAGAGCGCAAGGGUUCCUGGCUCGGGCAGAAAUACGCGUCCUACCAGGCGGCCAAGCGAGGCGCGGGGCCAAGCGACGAGGACGUGCUUCAGUACACCGGGAAGGAUAGGGACGAGUUGCGUGACUGGGCGCGCGAUAGGCCCGGUGUGGGCGGAAACCAGGUGGCCGCUCGGGCGGGCUCGGAAGGGUUGGCAGCGGGAGCGAGUUGGAGUUAG